UCAGUCUUGUCAGAAAUGCCAAAAAAAAAUUAAUUCUCAGGCAGCGGUUUUUAGUUAUCUAAAAAAUGUUUUGUUUACUUUCACGGCAAGUUCGUUUUCCAAUUAAAAUACUUUUCCAAUCAUCACAAAAUGUAAAAAAAUAUCAACCUCAAAAACUGCUGCACACAACAAAAUAUCUUUUUCAUGGCGGUGAAUACGAAUCGAAAGAUCCAAAAUCUGAAGAUGAAAUAGUAAAUAUAACUUACGUCGACAAAGAUGGAAAACGGACAAAAGUUAAGGGAAAAAUCGGUGAUAACAUUAUGUACCUUGCACAUCGAUAUGGAGUUGAAAUGGAAGGAGCAUGCGAAGCAUCUUUAGCUUGUACAACGUGCCAUGUUUAUGUAGAUUACGAUUAUUUAGAAAAACUUCCCGAAGCCGAAGAAAAGGAAGAUGAUCUCUUGGAUAUGGCACCAUUCCUGAAGGAGAAUUCUCGACUAGGAUGUCAAAUCAUCCUAACAAAAGAAUUAGAUGGCAUAGAAGUGACAUUGCCAAAGGCAACUAGAAACUUUUACGUUGAUGGCCACAAACCAAAACCCCACUGAGAUUGUUUCGACUAAGUUGUAGAAUUUUAGAAUAAAAAGCAUGAUAAAAAAACAUACAAAAAUUGAUAAUUAUUUUUGUCAAAUAGUAUUUAUUUACAAUUGGUAAAUAAAAAAAAAAUUAAAUAAAAAGUUACUAUUACGCUA